GACUUAUAUCGAGAAUAGAAAGCAGAUCAUAUAAUCUCAUGGCCAUUUAAACGCGGUAUUGACAACAAAAUGGUUCAACAGCAUAUGGUUGUCUUCGUAGAGAUAGAUAGAGAACUCCUUUUUUGUAUGUGCUAUUACAGCGUCUGGGACAACAUUGGCAGUGCCAUUGAUGCUACAACCUAUAGGAAUCCCCACGCAUUUGAGUACUUUGACUACUGUAAAAUGGCGGAAGCAUGAUGGAAGCUCUCAAUGGCGCUGCCCAUGCUAGAAUGGAAUUUGGACCACUAGAGGCCUCUAUCAUUCUCUAUGGUUGUCCUCUAUCCUUUUGACUGCAUCCACGCCAACAGGCGGUGCUAGACAAUCCAGAAACAUCGCAGAAUGAACGAACAAGCUCGUUAAGUAUCGUCUUGACAGUACAAGAGCUCUUCGUUUUUUGAAUGAGUUAUCCAUUGCCAGUGCCUGCGCACAUGAGGAUUCCGCUAAGGUGCUGAAAGGACAGCUCCUCGGAAUCAACAGGGCCGACGACAGGUACAGAAUGAUAAUCAGGAUGUUUAAAUUAAGACUCCUCAACGCUGUCGCCCCAGCAUACUUUUUCUCAGCCACAGCGGUAACCUUCAUUUUUCACUUCUGCUUUUUCAUCCCAACGAUUUUUCAAAGCCCGGGCAUCUCACUGAGAGCAUCAACUGUGAUUCACACCGCCGUUUUCCUAUUCCUGAUGCUGAACGCUUUAGGUAACUAUGUCAUGACUAUAAAGUACCCUGCUGAGAGCGCAAAUGAGACUGUGAUUCCUGCAUGUUCGGCAGAUUGCUCAGAUAAAAUAGACGCCCACUACCUCCUCAACGGUCGCCACUUCUGCAAACUCUGUAAGAAAGUCAUACUCAGGAGGGACCACCACUGUUUUUUUACUGGAAACUGCAUUGGCAACAAAAACAUGCGAUACUUCAUCAUGUUCUGCAUAUACACGUCAUGCACUUGUUUGUACUCCUUGGUUCUUGGUGUGGCCUUUCUAACUGUGGAAUACAACAUCUCCUUUGAGAACCCAUUGACUUUCCUCACCCUUCUGCCCCUCUCUACUGGUUACUUCUUCUUAGGAGUUAUCUCAGGUCUGCAGUUCUUCCUGGUGCUGAUGCUAUAUGUGUGGCUGGGCAUCGGCUUGGUGUGUGCAGGGUUCUGCUGUCAGCAGGUGCUGCUGGUAGCGCGGGGGCAGACCUACUGCCAGAUGAAGCGUGGCCAGCUGGUGGAGAGCUGCAGCUCAUGGAAGGACAACCUGAGUGAUGUGUUUGGCUCCCACUGGGCAGUGGGGCUUUUCCUGCCAGUACAGACAGUGGAGACCUUUUCAGGAGAGGUCACUGCCCACCACCAUAAACAUGACUGAGGUUCACCAGGGUAGAGAGAACCUGGACAUAAUUCACAUGAACUACCCCCAGUGGUUCACAUAAAGAAGAUCUCAAUUGCAUACUCCUCACGUCCUCGCUCUUCGUCUCCUUCUCAAAACCCAUUGGAUGAGCCAGAGGUCCAGCCCCUCUGACCUUCUCCUCCAAUGGGUUUUGAGAAGGAGACAAAGAGAGAGGACGCGAGGAGUAUGCAAUUGAGAUCUUCCCAUUGACUCAUCAUCAUGCUUCCUUGUUGGGCUUGUCAGGAUAGUUUAAAAUGUACAUCAACUGAGGGAAGCCCAGAACAAACAUAAUGUAGUCCAUGAUAGAUAGAUAUGCCCACACAUACCUGUUCUGACCUCUUCAUCUUAACUCAUACACAGAAAACUGUGCUCAGCAUAUAUAUAUAACUUAUAUAUAACUUACUGAUAAUUACAUUGGUCUACUAUUCACAGAAUGUAUACAUGAAUACAUUUCUUGAAGGACAGGAACCAUAGCAAUGUGAGAAGUGUAUGGAAUGCAGGUGUAAAAACAAUCAAAGAAGAUGUAUAAGUAUGUACACUGCAUUUGGAAAGUAUUCAGACCCCUUGACUUUUUCCAUAUUUUGUUACGUUACAGCCUUAUUCUAAAAUGGAUUAAAUAGCUUUUUCCCCCUCAUCAAUCUACACACAAUACCCCAUAAUGACAAAGCAAAAACAGAAUCUUUUUGUUGCAAAUUUAUAAAAAAGACAAAAUGGAAAUACCACAUUUACAUAAGUAUUCAGACCCUUUACUCAGUACUUUGUUGAAGCACCGUUGGCAGCGAUUACAGCCUCACGUCGUCUUGGGUAUGACGCUACAAGCUUGGCACACCCGUAUUUGGGGAGUUUCUCCCAUUCUUCUCUGCAGAUCCUCUCAAGCUCUGUCAGAUUGGAUGGGGAGCAUCGCUGCACAGGUCUUUUCAGGUCUCUCUAGAGAUGUUCGAUCAGGUUCAAGUUUGGGCUCUGGCUGGGCCACUCAAGCACAUUCAGAGACUUGUCCCAAAGCCUUUCAUGCAUUUUCUUGGCUGUGUGCUUAGGGUUGUUGUCCUGUUGGAAGGUGAACCUUCGCCCCAGUCUGAGGUCCUGAGCGUUGUGGAGCAGGUUUUCAUCAAGGAUCUCUCUGUACUUUGCUCCGUUCAUCUUUGCCUUAAUCCUGACUGGUCUCCCAGUCAUUGCCGCUGAAAAACAUCCCUACAGCAUGAUGCUGCUGCCACCACCAUGCUCCACCGUAGGGAUGGUAUUGGCCAGGUGAUGAGCGGUGCUUAGUUUCCUCCAGAUGUUACGCUUGGCAUUCAGGCCAAAGAGUUCAACCUUCUUUUCAUCAGUCCAGAGAAUCUUGUUUCUCAAGGUCUGAGAGUCCUUUAGGUGUCUUUUGGCAAACUCCAAGCGGGCUGUCAUGUGCCUUUUAUUGAGGAGUGGCUGCUGUCUGGCCACUCUACCAUAAAGGCCUGAUUGGUGGAGUACUGCAGAGAUGGUUGUCCUUCUGAAAGGUUCUUCCAUCUCCACAGAGAAACUCUGGAGCUCUGUCAGAGUGACCAUCGGGUUCUUGGUCACCUAACUGACCAAGACCCUUAUCCCCUGAUUGCUCAGUUUGGCCUGGCGGCCAGCUCUAGAAAGGGUCCUGGUGGUUCCAAACGUCUUCCAUGUAAGACUUGGAGGCCACUGUGUUCUUGGGAACCUUCAAUGCUGCAGGAAUGUUUUGGUACCCUUCACCAGAUCUGUGUCUCGACACAAUCCUGUCUCGGAGUGCUAAGGACAAUUCCUUGGACCUCAUUGCUUGGUUUUUGCACUGACAUGCACUGUCAACUGUGGGACCUUAUAUAGACAGGUGUGUGCCUUUCCAAAUUAUGUCCAAUCAAUUGAAUUUACCACAGGUGGACUCCAAUCAAGUUGUAGAAACAUCUCAAGAUGAUCAAUGGAAACAGGAUGUACCUGAGCUCAAUUUCGAGUCUCAUGGAUGUCAUAAGGUGAAUGCACCAAUUUGUAAGUCGCUCUGGAUAAGAGCGUCUGCUAAAUGACUUAAAUGUAAAUGUAAAUAGCAUAAGAGUCUGAAUACUUAUGCAAAUAAGAUCUGUUUUUUAUUUUUAGUACAUUGGCAAAAUUUUCUAAAAACCUCUUUUCGCUUUGUCAUCAUGGGAUCUUGUCUGUAGAUUGAGGAAAAUAAUUGUUUUAAUCCAUUUCAGAAUAAGGCUGUAACGUAACAAAAUGUGGAAAAAGUGAAGGGGUCUGAAUACUUUCCGAAUGCACCGUGUGUAGUUAUUUUGGACGACAUGAUAUCAAUUAUAAUUCAUGUAGUGGCUACACUUAAAUAACUAAGUGCAUGCUUACCUUUCCUGUGCCGAUUUUGUGGCAAUAUGUUGCUAGAUAGCAUUUAACACAAAAUGCUGUGAUAGAACAUUUAAAAUAAGGUAUCCUGAGAUUUAGAGUCUUUAGCUGAUAUGCACAGGUAUGAUACUCCAAACAUUUAGAUAUUAAGGAAAAAACAGUAGCAUAAAUGACUGUAUUGGGGCAGAUGUUGGGACCUACACAGAAUGGGGGGAAGAUGUUGUUAUUGUCAUCAUCAACAAACUGAUUUUAUUUUGUAGAUUUCCCAGUUUUAACUUUCACCAAGGGCUACUGUCGCUAACAAUAUGUAACUCCACUGGAGGGAAAACUCACUAUAAUGGCUGUAUAGCACAAUUUGCCAGGCUUACAAUGGUAUCAGGAGGAUUCUAUUGCACAACAACGUUUGAACUAGAACACCCAAUUUAAAUACUUUUUGUUGCUGAUAAGUUUUCUCUGAAAAUAGGGGAAAUGUGUUAGCAGUUUGUAGAUACACAUUCAGACAGUGCUUUCCAAGGAGAAACUAAAAUCUACAGCAGAGAAAACAGGGUAAGAAUUGAGGUUGCUGAUCUUUAUGUCCAAACUAUUAUGUCCAUUGUUGUCGUAUGGCCUGUACCUACAAAUGACCCCAAAGAUGAUGAACCGUACAGUUUGGAUUUGUUCAUGGUGGGAUCCUACAAUAUGACUGUACACUUGUUCCAAAUUUGUUGAGCAACAGAUAGUGCCUUCAGAAAGUAUUCAUACCCCUUAACUUAUUCCAAAUUUGUUGUUACAGCCUGCAUUUAAAAUCGAUUAAAUUGAUUUGUUUUCUCACCCAUCUACACACUAUACCCCAUGAUAACAAAGUAAAAACAUGUUUAGAAAAUUUGGCAAAUUUAUUGAUGAUGAAAUACAGAAAUAUCUAAUUUCCAUAAGUAUUCACACCUCUGAGUCAAUACAUGUUAUAAUCACCCUUGCCGCGAUUACAGCUGUGAGUCUUCCUGGGGAAGUCUCUAAGAGCUUUGCAUACCUAGAUUGUACAAUAUUUGCCCAUUAUUAUUUUCUAAAUUCUUCCAACUCUGUCAAAUUGGUUGUUGAUCAUUGCUAGAAAAUAAUUUAAGUCUUGCCAUAGAUUUUUGAAGCCAAUUUAAGUAAAAACGAACUAUUGAUUUUAGGUUAUUGUCCUGCUGAAAAGUGAAUUAAUCUCCCAGUGUCUAGUGGAAGGCAGACUAAACCAGGUUCCCUCUAGAACUUUGCCUGUGCUUAGCGCCAUUCUGUUUCUUUUUUAUCCUGAAGAACUCCCCAGUCUUUACAAGCAUACCCAUAACAUGAUGCACCCACCACUAUGCUUGAAAAUAUGGAGAGUGGUACUCAGUAAUGUGUUGUAUUGGAUUUGCCCCAAACAUAAGUUUCUAUUCAGGACAAAAAUUAUUAUUUUUUUGCAGCAUUUUUUGCAGUAUUACUUUAGUGCCUUGUUGUAAACACAAUGCAUGUUCUUUUCACUCUUAGUGUAGUAUUGUGGAGUAACUACAAUGUUGUUGAUCCAUCCUCUGUUUUCUCCUAUCACAGCCAUUGUAUAUUUGUAAUGACUGUAUGUAUUGAUACACAAUCCAAAGUGUAAUUAAUAACUUCACUAUGCUCAAAGGAAUAUUCAAUGUCUGCUUUAAAAAAAACAUCUACCAAUAGGUGCCCUUCUUUGCGAGGCAUUUGAAAACCUCCCUGGUCUUUUUGGUUGAAUCGGUUUAAAAUUCACUCCUCGACUGAGGGACUUUACAAAUAAUUGUAUGGGUACAGAGAUGAGGUAGUCAUCAUUUAUUUUUAAUGUUAAACACUAUUAUUGCACACAGAGUGAUUCCAUGUAACUUACAGUAUAGUGACUUAAGCAAAUAUUCACUUCUGAACUUAUUUAGGCUUGCCAUAACAAAGGGUUGAAUACUUGACUCGAGACAUUUCAGCUUUUCAUUUUGUAUUAAAAUUGUAGAAUAUUUAAUUCCACUUUGACAUUGUGGUAUUGUGUGUAGGCCUGUGACAAAACAAUCUAAAUUGUAGAAAUGUUAAAUUCAGGCUGUAACACAACAAAAUAUGGAAAAAGUCAAGGGAUGUGAAUACUUUCUGAAGGCACUGUAUAACAUUUUACAGCCCAUCUUUAACUGUUAUGAAUAUUCUGGUAUUAGAUUCCAUCUGGAGCAAAUAAAUUAUCUUACGGAAAAACAAACUGCUUUGUAGAACUAUUUAGUCUAUUCCUGUUAUAUUACCAAUAAAACUGUUCAAUAUG